AUGAAUUCAAAUCGCAAAUAAUAUAUUGAAUAAAAUUGUCAACAAUAAUAUCAAAAAUAAUAAAGUGAGCUUUUAAGUUAAGGUUUAUUAGAGAUCACUUCACCAAUAACCUAACAAGAAAAUUAAGCUAGCUAUAAAAGCUAGGUUAUAAAAUUAAAUAAAAUUGAUAUCAGAUUAGGAGAUUUUCAAAGGUAAUAGUGGAUUCUACAAGAUAAAUUCAGCUAAAAAUCUGUGCAAUAAAGCUUAAAUUCAAUAGAUUAGGAUAACUUUCAACACUAAAAAGAUGAUACGAUUUUAAAGGAUGAAUAUUCUUAAGAUUAAAAUAUUGCUGCAAGUAGAGAUGAAAAAUAUAACAAAAAUUUAUUUUAGUAAAAUGAAGAGAAAAAUUGUUUGAACGAAAGCAAUAUUUAAAAAAAUUUAGAAAGCUCUUCAGCAGUUAUUAAAGUAAGGUAAGGUAGGAAAACAAUAUUCAGGCCAAAGAGAGAUGAAAGUAUAGUUGAUUCAGCUUACAAGAAAAAAAAAACAAAAAAAGUUGAAUAGUAAAAUAAGCUAAACUAUUACUCAGAAAGAGAUUUAGAUCAUUAAAGGGAUGAUGUUCUUAGUCAAGAGUCUAAACACAAAAAUAAAAAGGAAAAAGUGUGGAUAUCAAGAUUUUUUAACAUUUUAUUGUUUGUAAAUAGGUUCUUAGUAAGAAAUAGACAAAAGCUUUUAUUUUUUCAUCCAAACUAACUCCAAAGCCAUUAAGCAGAAGCAAUUAAUGAUGUAGUAUAUCAGUUUAACAAUGAAUUUGAUAACAGAAACAUUGUGAAAGAUAAUAUUUUUCGUAGUAAAUUUAAAAUACCUUUCAUUAACUUUUAAAAUAAGAUUAUUGCAACACUGAAAAGAGUUUUAGAUCCUAUUCCUGUUAUUUUGCCCUAUCAUAAUUUUUCAAUUUCAUGGGAUUUAAUUAUUUUGAUAAUGAUACUAAUUAAUGUUAUUAAAAUUCCCUAUGAACUUGCUUUUAAUAACGGAGAUAUAUCUAUUGGAAUCGUUUCUUUUAGUACUUAUUAUGAAAAUGGAGUUCUAUAAAAACAGAGAAAGGGAUGCACUUAUAUUUGUCUAUGGUUAAAUCCUUUAGGAAUAAGUCUUCUAAGAAUGUUCUUUUUAGUUAAGUUCAUAUAGCUCUAUGAUACAAUAGAGAAAUUGGCUGAGGCUUUUUAAUUAUCAUAUAAGUAUCAUUUUGUUGUAAAUCUAGUAGUACUAUUUAUUGAGGUUGUGCUUCUUUGCCACUUAUUUGCAUGUAUUUGGUAUUCAAUUGGUAAUUAUGAAUUUAAAAAUGGGUUGACUCCUAAUUGGAUUUAAAAGUAUAGCGCAGAUGAUAAUAAUUAAUAUCAGUAAUAUAUAGAUUCUAUUUAUUUUUCAGUUGUUACAAUCGGAACGAUUGGUUUUGGAGACAUAGUACCAGUGAGCAUCCUUGAAAAAAGCUGCUUAACAGCUAUGUCAAUUUUUUCUUGCGGAAUAUUUGCGUACAUACUGAGUAAUAUACAAAAUGUGUAUAGAGAAUACUAAAUGAAGUAAGAAGGUUACAAUAAUAAAUUAUCAGAGUUAAAUAAUUAUAUGUUCAACAGAGAAGUAAAUCCUACAUUAUAGUAAAUGGCUAGAAAAUAUUUAAAAUAUGUUCAUGAUCAAGGCUUUUAGUAAGGAGUGAUGCCCUGCGAAACUCUUAACUCUCUAAGCAUAUCUCUUAGAGAAGAAAUAAAAGAAGAUAUCUUCAAAAAGUCUAUUGAUAACAUUAAGUUUUUAUAAUAAUUUAGUCCUUAGCUCAGAUUCUAGCUUUCAAGAAAAAUGAUUGAAAUAAAUUACGGUCCUGAUGAAUUUAUUAUGAAAAGUGGUGAAUUUUAGUAACCUCGCUUAUACUACAUUUUGAAGGGAUAAGUAGAUGUUUGCUUAGACAAAUAAAAUUUAUAAUAGUAAAAUAGUUUGAAUAGUUAAGUCUUUAGUUUGUAAAAAUAAACUGAUAUUAUAGGUUUAUUUGAAUUCACUACUUAGACACAACUAUGUAUGACAAAUGCAAGAAGUGUUGGAGUUACUACUGUUCACGUACUAGCUUUGGAUGAUUUUUUAGAAGCGAUAAACUAGAAUUCUUCUGAUAAAGAAAUAUACUUUCACUAAAAAGAUUUGAUAAAUCUAUACAAAAAUUAUGAACAGACAAAGUUAUUUUGCUACUCGUGCAAAAGUAGCUAGCAUCUAAUUAAAGAUUGUCCUGUCUUUUUUUACAAACCUAAUAAGCAGAAAAUAAUAAAUAAACAUGUAUAAGGUUAAAAUUACUUAAGAAUGAAUAUCAGAAAUAAAUAGAACUCCAGAUUUAAUUCUCUUGCUAUUGUUAAUUAACUAAGGCAAGAUAUUUUGCAAUUUUGUGAAGAGAAUGAAUCAGAUAUAGAUUCUUUGUAUUAAUCUCAGUCUACUUUAAAAGAUACAUUAUAAAAUAUUGAUGUUAAUGAUUGUAUACUAGCCUAAUAAAGCAGUUUAUCUCCAUUAAAGCCGAAGAGUGAAGUAAAUUUAAGAAUGGCAAAAGAUAGAAAUUAGGAAAAAGAUGAUAUAAUGCAUAUUGAUGAUGAAUUCAAGAAAAAAUAAUCUGAAAAAUCUGAAAAACAAAGCAAAUUAAAUGCAAUUUAGUAGGAAGCUAGCUUUUUAGAGUGUUGCAAAUUAAAUGAAGACUUUAAGUUAGAUUCUUUAUUAAAUUAAAAUUUUAUUUGCAGCGAAUAAAAUAUUGCAGAAAAACAAGUUGAUAAAAGGGAAAGCAUUAAAAAUAAUGAAAUUUAAGCUCAUAGAAGCAGUUUUAACAAUUGUGGUUUGGUUUCUAAGAAAAAUUCUUUUAUGUAGAUAAAUAAUAUUCAUUAAAGUUAACUUUCAUAAAGAAUAUCAAUGGGAAUUUUAGAUAAAAACAUAAAUUUAAUUAAUUAAAAAGCAAUUAACGAAAACAUAAUGUCAAAUAAAGAAAAACAAAAAUAUAUGAAAUCACUGUAAUCUCUAAAAACUCAGAAUAUUCAAACAUAGAAAAGAAACAGCAUACGCUACAGCUAAAUCUAAAAUUUUCUAAAUCUUCUUACAAGUAAUAUUAUAAAAAAGGAGAAUAACCCUCAAGAAGAAAUAUAAGAAGAGCUUAUUAUAGAUACAAUUAGGAUAUAUAAAUACUAUAUGCCAAAUAAUAACGCCUUUAUUGUAAUAAAAAAAUACAAUAAGUAUCAGAACAAAAAGAAAGAGAGAGAAAAGUAAAAGUUAUUAGAAAUUGUUUCUAACAAUCUUUAGCACAGAAGUAUUUUCCAAAAAUUCUGA